AGUAAAGUUUCUGUGGAGCCUCCACGCUGACUGUCUCCCUGACGCUCCCUGCAAAAAACCUGCAGAUUAAAGCUGGAGCUGCCAUUUUAAAAACACGCACAACAACCGUGGAGAGGCGAACACCCGAGCAAACAAAUCCUCCGGGAAACCUGCGACCGCACAAGGGAGGAUUUACCCCGAGAGACCGCAGGAGUCAGGCUGCGAGGAGAGCCGUGACAGCGAGAAACAGCCUGCAACCCUCUGCCCUCUCCUUCAAGGUGCCUUUACCAUGGUGACACUAACAGAAUCAUACAUUUUACACUAAGCCAGAGGAAAACCUGUGUUAUUGUCACAUCUUUUCACGGUCAGCACCACCAUAUUGAAACACUUUGCUCCCAAGACGGCGCUAAAACGGUGCAGCCAUGCAUCUAGAAGUGAAGGUCGCCCUCAACUUCAUCGUGUCCUACCUGCACAACAAGCUGCCUCGGCGUCGAGCUGACCUGUUUGGCGAGGAGCUUGAGAGAAUACUGGUGUCUCGUUUUGAGGGACACUGGUACCCAGAAGCCCCUCUUCGGGGUUCUGCCUUCCGCUGCAUUCACCUGGGAGCACAGAGGGACCCCGUGGUGGAGUUGGCCGCCAAGAGAAGUGGACUGGACACAGAGGAAGUGCGUGCAAAUGUUCCUGCACAGCUCAGCGUGUGGAUUGACCCUUAUGAGGUGUCCUACCAGAUUGGAGAGAAGGGGGCAGUAAAGGUGCUCUACCUGGAGGAUCCUCCAGGCCUCGGCUGUGAUGGUGAGAGGGCAGAGGGGUUGAUCAGAGAGGGGAAAGGAGAUGCAGAGACAGAGGAGGCCAAGAAUCUGGGCUUCAACCCAGAUGCUCAGGUGUUUGUGCCAAUUGGAAGUCAGGCAUCUCCUGCCCUCAUGCCAUCGCACUCCAGCUCUCCCACACCUCUGUCUGCCCAGUCCUGCCCCGGGCUCUUCAGCUACCCCAGCUCCAGCACACCCACCGACCCUGCUGCCCACUCCUCCAACACCUCUACCCCUUCCCCUCCCAGCGGCGGGCUGCCCUACCUCGCCGCUCAGCAGCCACCUUCCGCUCUGCCCUCUGCCCGCCCACAACCCAUCACCUUCACCACCGCCAGCUUUGCUGCCACUAAAUUCGGCUCGACCAAGAUGAAGAAGUGCACCGGGACCGGGUCGCCAGCCAGCUCUGGAGUUGUCAUACCACCUGCCCAGAGAAUGCUCACCCGCUCUCCUACCACCAUCUCGACGCCAGAGCUGCUCAAGCACAAGCCUCUGUCUCUCUCCUUGCACUCCCUCGGAGGUCCUAUCCCCAGCCAGCUCUCUCCCAACGCCAAAGAAUUUGUCUACCCAGGAUCCCCGGGCCCCCUUUACUUCGAUGCUGACACCCAGCCCAUGCAACCUCACGCCAGCCCUUUCCAGCCGCCCCACACUGUCAACACCCAUCCGUCUUUUGAUCCCUUCUCUAGCCCUCCUCCUGCCCAGAGCGUGGGCAUCAUCAGCAGCAGCGGAGGAAUCUCUUACAUAGAGAAGCCGCCAUUUGUGGAGGGUUUAGGAGGCUACAACCUGCAAUAUCCCAGCCAGUCUUUCCAGCCUGUGGUGCUGGCCAACUAAGCCUUCAUUUGUAAUGAGUUGUUGGGUGUUAGGACGGUGACGCUCCUGAUAUUUUCAGUUUUUCUAAGAAAUUGUUCUAAUACUGAUACAAAUUAAGAAUUAGUUUUACUACAAAGAUUUAAAAUUUCAUUUCAUUCACUGAAUAUUUCAUGUGGUUUUUGUUUUUAGUUCCUCCACGACCUCUAACCCCGCCCUGCCCCCCCCCCCGUGUCCAUCGCUGUUGCCCGUCACGUUCCAUGUGUUGGCUUUGAUUUGGUGGGUGGGAGUCAGUCACUUUUCUACUUUGAGUCCUUGCCAAUCUCUUAUGUUUAUUGUUUUUGCAUUGAAUUUUAAUGCGAGAGGCUUUUUUUUCUUCUUGACUUGUAGUCUAAUGGACACGGCUUUAGUAUAGCGCCAUUUUGCACUGCACUGUCAUGCUGUGGAAAAGGACCUGGCCAAGUCCUGCAGGGAACGACGGCUGUGGAAAGCUCAGCACUUUGCUCUGCAAUCUGCUCUGCCCUACUUGCCACAAAUACAAGGGAAAGGGGGGCUCUGCUGUCUCUGUGCGUGCAGCUCUGUUUUGUUGUGGCUUAGCGUGAUCGGGAGACUCACUGACUGUGCGUUGGGCCCAUUACCCUUGAAACGCACUCGUGCACAGGCAUAUUUUGAGCUGUUGUAAGCGGGUGUGUUUUGAAAGCAGUUUAUCGUCAGCUGGAGUGUGUACAUGGCAAGGGUUCAAAUGAAGCUAGAGCAGAGGAGGGAGCAGGAAGGAGACAUUGGUAUGUUAGGGGAGUAAUGAAGUGGAAUGUAUUGUACCUGUCAGGGGAAAUGUUGGUGAAUGUGAAAGGCAAACUACGUGCUGAUACCUCAGUUAUACAGACAGGGACGCAACUUAUGGUCUCAUACAUAUUCAAAUGGUGAUGCACGCACACAAACAUUUAGAAAUGUUCACAUUCACACUAUUCCAGUCAGCAAUGUGUGAAGGUGAACAGGCAGGGACGGUGAUGGGGGGGGGAGGGGAUGCAGCAGCUCAGCAGUGGGGAUUGUGAUAAAUGGCUUAGCAUGACUUUGACUAUGAAGGAGAGGUUUUCCUCUGCAUGAGAGGAGCGAGGGAAGACGGUAGGAAAUGAGAGAGCUAGAAGCAGCUCGAGGGUUCUGUUGCCUCGGCGGCGUCCAGGGGUGUAUUGGCUUAGAGAGCGACACUUUAAAACCCUGAGCACGUUUAUGGUGAGCUUAAAUGGUAUUGAAGCCAAAGGCUCACACCAUUCUCUCCCUCCUCUUGAAAUUCUUCAGUGAUCUCUGCUUCUCUGGCUGCUACAAAGAAAAACCAGAAUCCUACAGCUCGGGUUGCUCUGUCUCUUUUUUCCUGGUUGUGGUGAAGUGAACAAAGAUGAAUGUUCUUUAUUGAUGUGUGGCUUUCGUUGUUAUAUUCAAUGGCUCAUCAGAUCACUGGAAGUCUGUUGAACCAGUCGGGUCCGUGUUCUUACUGGAAGGGUAAACCCCCACGUGUCCAUUUGAGCGGUCCAGCACUUUAUUAUUGGGCUUCUGAUGCUCUGUGUCUCCUACAGACGUGAGCACCAAACCAUUCCUUUGGCCUCUUGUUUGGUUAAGACACUUUGGAUCCAGCUGUCGUGAAACGCUUAAGAGAUUCAGACACGAGCUAGAUUUGUAUUUAAAUGCAUCACGCAGGUGUGGAGAUGCCGUCAGUCCUGUCCGUUGAUUUAAAUGUUUUCCUUGUAUCCAUAAGUGUUUUUUUUAUGACCCCAGGACCCUUGACUUGUGCUCACACUGGUAUUGCGAUGUCACAGCUUGUCAUAUGCAUGGAAUAUUUUUUCUUUUUUAAGGGGAUAUGUACAUGUAGGGAGUCUCUGUGAAACGUGGCUGUGAGGGAAAGAUGAAUUUCUAACUUUUUGUUUUGUAAUUUAUUUCCAAUAUUUCUAUAUUUUUGUUUUUUUGCAAAUUAUCACUUGCAUUUGUAUGAGUAAGAGAUGACUGCAGUCCAGGAAUAUGUGUAUAUAAAAAAAGUUCUUAUGUUGAGAUUCUUUGUUUAGUUUCUUACAUGCUGAGGUUAUUUUUUCAGAAAAUAACAUGAAUAUAUGCAAACUGAGGAAAAAAAUAAAGAUGUACAGAAUAAAGUAUUGAAUGUUUAUUGUAUUAUGUAAGCAUUUGUCUAAUAAAGACGGGUAAAUGUA